AUGGUGGUGCCGGGCCGCCAGGAAGACGGCGCUUCCCUGGAACAGCUGCUGGAUCACGGCUGGAAACGGGUAAAGCAGGGGAAUCGCCUGUGGCAGCCCAGGGACCGAAUCGGCCUUGCCGCUCCCUCAGCGCCGCCUCCCGUCCCGCAGGGCGCCCCCUGGCGGACACGGCGCCGCUCCUCAGCCCUGCGGGGACACCAAGCCCCCUCACGGCCCGGCAGCACCGCGGCCACCGCGCUCCCCUGUACCGGGACACCGCACUCCCCUGUGAGAGCCACAGCGCCCACAUCCCCCCGCUCCGUGUCCGCAGCCCCGGGGGAUCUCCGCCGAACGAGCGGGGCUGUAGCGCUGGGGCCGCUGUUCCCGCUGCGGCUGUGCCCGGUGUGGGCCUGGAGGAGUCCAGAAACCCCCGCAGGGCUGGCAGCCCUCACGUCCUUGGGAUCUGCAGGAGGAGCUGUGCCUGCGGCGUGCCGAACACACGUCCCGGUGUGGGCACCGGGGUACCGGGACAUCGCUGGCACAGACACGGCUAAAGCGCUGCCUGUGGCCCCUCAGCCAGGGGCUGCUCUGAACAGGUACGUGGAAAUGCCUCAGCCCGGACAGACACCACCGACAGCCCAGAAGGACCACAAGGAGCAGCUGGCAUUGCCUGGAAUGGAGGCUCGGGCCGUUUGUAGAGGGGCUCAGACAGCAGCUCCCGUUUCUGACCUCUCACAGCUCCCAGAUAUUGAAUCCCAAGCAGUAUACCUGGGACAUGCCUCAAAAUCAGAGGUUCAAGUGGGAUGAAGUUUGGAGCUUCCCAGGGAGCCAGCUGAAGUGCAGAAGUGAAGGAAAACUUUUGCAGUGAGAAGAACAUGAACUCAAAGCCACCGAGGCCUGACAGGUUCCUGCAGUGAGAGCUCAGCGCACGUCCACAGAGAGAGAGAGGGGAGAUGUGGGAAUUGGAAAACCAGAAACUUCCAGAGACACCAUAAGAUUUGAUCUGCAGCCUGGGAAGAAGCUUGGAUUGAUGUAGAAAUACAACACACAGGCAUUAGCAGAGAAAUUAUACAUAAAACAGGAGCAUCUGUAAUUGGUCUCAUGUGUUUGUUUCUAAUUAAUGGCCAAUCACACCCAGCUGGCUCACACUCUCUGUGCCAGCCACAAGCCUUUGUUAUUCAUUCCUUCCAUGUCUAUUCUUAGCUGGCCUGCUGAUGAGAUCCUUUCUUCUAUUCUUUUAGCAUAGUUUAAUAUAAUAUAUAUCAUAAACUAAUAAAUCAGCCCUGUGACCCAUGGAGUCAGAUCCUGGUCCCUUCCCUCACCCUGGCCCCUGUGAGCAGUCCCAGGCUGGGCUGGCAGCAAUGGCAUCCCCAGGCAGAGGACAGGAGGAGCCCUGUGUGCCCCUGACUCACCCACAGCAGGGCAGGGCCUGAGCCCUCCAGGGCAGAGCCUGUGCUGGGGCCUCUUGCCUGGGGCUGCUCAAACACCAAAGCUUUUGGCAAAGGUGGCAGGAGUUUGGUGAUUUUUCCUGGCCUGAAAGAGAGGAGGAAAAGAAAAUUAUUGCACUGUGGAAGUCCAAGGAUGCAGUUUUCACACUUGUGCUCUGAUGGCUCACUGUGGGGUUUUAUCCAUGGGAGGUGACACCAAUUCCAACAUAAAAGUGCCCUUUUCCAGCAUUUCUAUUCCUAACUAUUUCAGACAUUAAAA